AUGUGGAAAUGGGGUAGUGGAGAUGUUUCUCCUUCCAAAACAGAAGCUGCAGGCCUACAAGAUGCAGGAAGCAUGUCGGUGGCUGAUUUGACUGAACAGCUGACAAGCACUGAAAAGCUGGUAGCACAGCUGAAGGAGCUGGUCAGGAAGAAGGAUGCUGAGCUUCGGAAUAAAGAUCUUCAGUUAAAGGAGGAGAAGGAAUCUGCUGAUACCAAACUUUCCAAGUUGAAGCUGCAAAACAAAGCCAAGGUUGCAUCAUUAACCUCACAGCUGGAAGAACUUAAGAAACAGUUAUCAGUAUCAGGAAGCUUAGAGGGGAAAGCAGAACAAAAAAAGGCAUCAAAAGAUGGUGACCAGGAAAAUGCUGCAGCGAAUCGUGGGAAAAUAUUAGUACUGAGAAGGAGAAUUGAAGAACUAGAAUCCCAGAUCAUACAGAAAAAUGAAGAGUUACAAAAAAAGAACGUUGAACUGGAGGCCCAGCAGUGUCGUGGGGCUGAGAUGGAUGCCAUGCUGGCAGAGAAAGAAAAGAAGUUAGCUGAAAGAGAUGCUUAUAUCAUUGAUUUACAGAUAGCGUGUGGAUCCAGUGGUGUUGCCAAUGAAACACUCCUGCCCAAUGAAGAAUUGAAGAAUCGUCUGGCUGUUAGAGAGUCAUCACUUCAAAGUAUGCAAAUUCUAGUUCAGAACCUUACCAGGAAGGUUGGAGACAGUGAAGAAAAAUGCAGCUUGUUCCAGGAACAGAUUGAGAGCCUUAAAAAUAUUCAGAGCAAGGAAAGAGAGUGUUUCCAAGGAAAAGAAGCUACAUAUAUGGAAAAUGUACGUGUGUUUCAAAAUAUUAUCCAGGAAAAAGAAAAGGAACUGGAAGCACAGAGAGAAAAGCAUGAGCAGGAGCUCUUUAAAUUAGCUGCUAAAUCUGAUGCAAGUGCUGACUUAGAACAGCUACUAAAGGCCUUGAAACAGAAGCUCCAUGAAAAGGAGGAAGUCAUGCUGGGAAGGACACAGGUGAUAGAUGUCUUGCAAAAAGAACUGGAUGCCAAGGAUGAGCAACUGAAAGAGAUAAAUGAAAACCUGAAACGUCUUCUGUCUGAAAAAGAAAACCUCCAGUCUAAACUGGAUGCUGAGAAACAUGUAAUGAGAGCCCAGUUAAGAGACAUGAUGGAGAAACAUGAGCUUGAAAUGACAAAAGUUAAGGAGAAAUAUAAUGCUGAACUGCAUGAAAUUAAAGAGAAACAUGAAACUGAGCUACAGGAGAAAGAUCAGGCCCUGUUUCAGCUUAAGAAACUAGUGGCAGAAUUAAAGGGUAGUGGACAGACUAACUCAGAAGAAGUAAGAGAUCUGGAGUCUCUAACCAAAGAGAAGAUGGAAGAUUUAGAAGUGAAAUUGAAAACAGAAGAGCUUUCAUCAAAGAAUAACGAUGUAUCUGCCUUAAACAAUCGAGUCUCGGAAUUAGAGAGUGAAAAUGAAGAACUGCAGUCAAAAUUGCAAUCGUUGUAUGAAAUCAGAACGCAGAACGAAGAAUUGCUGAAGAAGCUGGAAGUCUAUGAAGAACAGCAAAGGAAGUUGCAAGCUGAUCUUGACCAAGUUACAAAGAGGGCAGCUUCACAGGCCAGUGAAUCCGGUAGUGUGGAUGAAUUGCAGAAUCAGCUUUUGGAAUGGCAAGAAAAUGUACCAGAGUCAGAGGAGUCCUGCGAUCAAGUCAGAGAGGAGAAAUCUGCCAUGGCCUUUAGAAUGGCUCAGAUUGAGGAGGAGAGAGAAGCCAUAGUCUCAGGGCAACAGGAGCUGGAGGAGGAACUGGCCACAGUUCAAGGAACGGGCGGGCUGCAGCAGGCAAGAAGAAAAAGCAGUCAGACCAGAAGGAAGCUUCAGGAAGAAUACAACUUCGAUAGAAAACAAUGCUUUCAAGAGUUGAAUGUCACCUUGGAUAGCACUGAUUCAGCUGAAGGAGAAAAUAUGGGAGGUCUACGGAGUGUGGUUGAAGAGUUGGAAUUGGAACGAAAUCAGCUGCAGGAACAAAUUCUUUUCCUAGAAGAGCGUUGUCAGGAUUUGGAAGAUAGAGUGCAGCUUGAAGGUAGAAUGGAGGCUCUUCAGAACGAAAAUGAACGUUUACAAACUCAACUCACCCAAUUACGCAACCAACAAAUGCGAGAUGCGGAAAAGCAUCAAAUUCUGAUUUCUGGCUUGAAUGAGCAACUUAAAGGAUUAAGUGACAGAAAUAGCUUUCUUGAAACUUCCCUUGGAGAAAAAGAACAAAAACUGUUGAUCACGACAGAAAAACUAGAACAAAUUGAAACUUUGAGGAAACUGCUUCAAGAAAAGGACCUUCUGAACAAAGAGCUUGGUGAAAAGUUUGUGCAUACUGAGCAACAACUGAAUGAAGCCUUGAAGAAAUGCAGUGUGUAUGAAGUGGAGAACACUGAGCAGAAAACAGUCAUCACUGAUCUAGCAGAAAAAGUUGCUACACUGAAGGAAAAGGCUUUGAAGCAAGAUGACAUGGUAGAGUCGAUGCAGCUGGAUCUGGACCAGACAAAUGAAGAGCUUGACAAAUUGAAUACAAGCCAUUUAGAGGAAAGAUCUCAACUUAUUCAAGAUCUUCAGAAACGUGAAAGAGAAAUUGAUAAUCUUAAAGAAGCAUUGGCAGAAAAAGACAGGGAGAUGUCUCUCCUGUCUUUAAAUAUGACAGAAUAUUCAGAACAGGUUAUCAUCCUGAAGCGUCAAGCGCAAUGCAAAGAGGAAGAAAUACGAGGCAUGGAAGAGGCUUUAUCAAAGGCUGAAAGGGAAACUCAUUUACUUAAAGAAGUUCAAACAGCUGACAUAAGGGAUGCAAGUGUGAAGAUCUCUGUCCUUUCUGAGCAGAGUAAUACAAUGAGACUGGAGCUAGAAAGAGUUAGAGUUGAGAAUGAAGCUAAAACCAAAGAAAAUGAGGAAUUAAUAAGACAAAGCAGUGAGAACAGCAUUAAAAUUAAGGAGCUCCAUUCUGAAAUCAAGGCCAGCAGUGUUGCAUACCAUAACAAACUUGCAGAGUGUGAGUCACAAAUUACUUUACUGAAAGAACAAAUCAGUAAAUCAUCUGAAAAGCUACAAGAAACUGAGGAUAAACAAAGAAAAGAAACUGAAUAUUUGAAAUCUCAACUUGAGGAAAACAAUGCUCUGAAGGAAAAAUGGAACGGUUUGCUUAAAGAGAAAGAGACUAAAGCAGAGGCACUUGAAAAUGAGUUAAAAUCAAUCAAAGAUUCAUACAACAAACUGGUUUUGGAAAAUGCUAAAAAAGAUGAAGAGUUGGCCGAAUUAUCGGGGAAGCUUACAAAACAUACUGAGCAACAGGAAACAAUUAAAAAAGAAUUACAAGAGAAACAAGAGUUCAUUAUUUCAUUAGAGCAAAAGCUUGGGGUUUUGGAGAAGCAAAAUGAAGAGACUAAACUUAAAUUAACUGGAGAUCUGGAAGCCAAAGAGACAUGUUGCAAAGAACUUAAUAACCAAUUACAUGAAAUACAUAAACAAAUUAACAAGAUGGAAAUAGAGACACAGGAGAAAGCUUCAACUAAUAAGCAAUUGCAGGCAGAUCUCGAAGGGAAGGAAGAAAAAUUGGCUGUGGCAGAAAUAGAGAAGAAGUUAUCUGUUAGCGCUGCUGAGUACGAAAAAACUCUUUCGGUACUAAAUGGUGAUAAAAACUCUCUGGCAAGAGAGAUUGAACGACUUUCGGUACUUGCCGAGCAAAAAGAAAAUUCGGUUGCAGAACAGCUGCGGGAGAAAACAAAGGAAUGUAAUGUGCUAGCUGAUCAGUUGUUUAAAAGCAAGGAAGAGACACAACAGUUAAAUGUACAAAUGCAAUCACUUCUCAUUCAUCUGAAGGAUACCAGAGACAGAGAAAUAACGAAAGAAGAGCUGUUAAAUAAUAAGCUGUCUGAAUGCAAUAGCCUAAUCCAAGAUCUCAGCCAUAGUAAUGAAAAGAAUUUACUACUGCAGGAACAAAUUGAAAAGAUAACUUUGGAUUUUGAAGCUGCAAACAGGUCUCUAGAAGAGAAAAUGCUUCAAAAUGAUUCAUUACGUAAGGAAAUGGAAGAGAGCAAGCUUUCUGUUACAGAGUUGCAGGAUGAAAUUAAAAAUCUUAAAGAUGAAAAAACAAAGUUAUCUCAGUUGGUAGAGGAAAGAGAUCUGACUGUAAAAUGUCAGGGUUCAGAACUUGAGAAGUUUCAUAGGCAAGUUUCUGAAAAAAUGGAAGAAAGUACAGUGUUAAAUAAUCAGCUACAACUACUAAGCAAAGAAAUGGAGGUGCUGAAGCAUGAAAAGGAGGACGUUUCAAGCUUAUUGAGCAAGAAGUCACAUGAAUGUGAACUUCUUCGGUCACAGUUGGUACAGCAACAGUCUGAAGUUACUUCAGCAAGGCAACAAGCACAUACAGCAGCUCUAGAAAAUGAAAAGCUAAAAGUAGACAUUGAAACAGUUAAUGUUAUGGAGACUCUGAUUCAGCAAAUAAAAGAUAGCAAAAUGGCAGGAGAAGGGCAAUAUAUGCAAAUAAUUUCAGAUCUGCAGAACCAAAUGGAAGCCUUAAGUUUUGAAACCAGCCAGCUUAGACUCACAGUGCAGGAAAAAGAAAAUGAAUUUCAGAGGCAAACCCAAGAAUUAAAGUUAUUAAAAGAUAAAUCUGAAGAGUCUGAUGUACUUAGGGUUCAAUUGUCUGAGAAUAUCCAGGUUAUUUCUGACCUUCAAUAUCAGCUUAGAAAUGUGACAGAAAAAUCAUCCCAGCUGAAUGAUUCAGUUGUGCAGAAGGAUAAAUCUUUAAAACAAAAGUUAGAUGAAUACAUCAGUUUAAAAGCACAGUUUUCUGAGGUACAGGAAUCUUCUGUUUUGCAGCAGAAACAGUUAGAGCUUUUAACCUCUGAAGCAGAAAAGUUAAAAGUACUUGUUUCAGAAAAAGAAUUAACCAUCAACAAUAUCUCGUUAUUUAGUGAGGAUUUAAAGACGCAACUUCAAAAGAAAGAGAAUGAAUGUGAGGUCUUAAAGAUACAAGUGGUAGAGCUGGAGGAAGUGAAAGUAAAUUUACAAAAAGAAAUACAACAUCAGAAGAAUGUAAUAAUUGGGAUGGACCAGUCCUUAUCAGAAAAGGAAUCAUGUUUAAUGGAAAAUAAAAAUCUCCUCAAAACUCUGAAGGAGAACGCAAGGAGAGAUGAAGAAAAGGCUAAUUUAAUUUCUCACCUCCGAAGUCAGGUACAUGAACUAACACAAGAACUACAGAAAUCUAAAGAACUAGUGCAUGAGAAGGAAAAUGCCUUUUUAUCUCUUCAGGAGGAAAUUGAAACACAGUGUGAACUAAGAUCUGAGUUGAAUACUGUUGGGAAAAAAGAACUUAUUGCCGGACUGCUUAAUUCUUUAAAGGAGAAAGAUACCAGUAUACAGAUGGCAUAUAGCAACAUUAGUGUUCUUUCUAGUGAGAUUGAGGUUCUCAAAGAAAAGUUAGAGAAAAGUGGUACAGCCUUGAAAAACCUUACUAAGGAAUUUCAGGAAAAGAAUGAGAAGCUUGACAUUAGCCAGAAGAAAAUGGAUUCUUUGACUGUUGAACUUGACUGUCUUAGAAAAGAACACCAAAAAGCACUAGACCAAAUAAGUGCACGGGAGGAAGAACUACAGCAAAAAGAAUUGGCUGUGGAGUCUCUACGUGUGAAGUGUACCGAACAGACAGAUAACAUAGCAUGUUUGAAGUUAGAGUUGAACAAUAUACAUUCCAAAUCAUCUCAAGACUCUCAUGACAACACACUUUUAAUAGGUAGCCUGCAGUACCAGGUAGAGUCUUUAGAGAAAGAAAAAAAUCUGUUACAGGAAGGUGCUGCUAAACUGAUGGCUGAAAACACACAACUGACUGCAUCUCAAAAGCAUUUGCAAAAGAAUUUGGAAGAGCUCAGAGAAAUCAAUAAAAACCUAGAAACCAGUGAGAAUUAUUCAAGAAUGCAGAUAGAUGCUGUCAAACUGCAGAUGAAGACUGAAAAAGAGAAGUUACAGAUGCAGGUUGGUGUGAAGGGCGAAGAACUUUCUAAAUUAGAACUUAAAUUUGAAACUCUAGAACAAAGUCUACUUGAGUCAGAAAACAAAUGGGUGACAGAACUUGAUAGGGCAACUUUACGAAAUAAUCUUACUGAGCAAUUGAACAGUUUAAAAAGUGAAAUGAAAUCAAAGGAUAGCAAAAUCCAGUCUUUGCAGCAAGAGCUGGAUCUUAUAAAAGAGGAAUUAACUCGAAGCUUAUCUCUGUUACUUAGUAGUAGGCUUUUAUGUAAGGAAAAGAAGGCGCAGACUUCACAUUCUGAACUGCAGCUAACUGAUAGUAAAAUUCAUUUGGAAAAAUUCUCCACUCUGAUAACCACUAUUUUGAGCAAAGAAACAGAAGGAGAGCAAUUGCAACUGGUGCUUUUAGAAAAACAGAAAGAAUUAGACACCGUAAAAGAGGAAUUUAAAAGUAUGCAGUCACUUGAGAAGCAGAAAGAGUUGCUGCAAAAUGAUAUUGAAAAGUUGAAGGGAAAGUACAAAUCUGAAAUCGAAUGUCUGGUAGAAGAAAUGGUCACAGUCAAGGAAAAAUUAACUAAACAACAGUCUGUCUUGCAAGAAAGGGAAGAGUCGUUUGCAGAAAUAAAUAAGCAGGUUGAAUUUCUUCAAGACAAGAUAAAUGAAUCAGAAGAAGUAGUAAGAACUAGUCAAGAAAAACUGCACAUUGAAGGUAAAAAAGUAGCAAGUCUUUCUGAAGAAAUAGGAAAAAAAGAUCAAGUCAUUGAAAACUUAUCUUGCCAGGUGAAUCAGCAGAAGGAUUUAAUUUCUGGUCUAAGCCAACAACUGAAAGAAAAGGACUGUUCCGUUACCCAGAUCAUGGAAUCAUUAACUAAUGAAGUUCUGAAUUAUUCUGAAGAGAGAAAUACAUUAAAUAUCAAACUGCAAGACCUUGAGGCUGUGCAUAAUAGAUCUGUAGGAGAGCUAAAGCAAGUAUUGCAGGAACUUGAGGAUUGUAAGAAAGAACUGGAACAUAGUCAGGUUAUGUUAAGCAGUAGAGAAGCUGUGCUUAAAGAUUUAAUGAAUGAAAAAGAGGAGAUGCAGUUUAAUCUUGAGAAAAUUAGCAGGGAAAAAGAGAGUCUGAAAAAGAAACUUCAAGCAGCAUUGAUAAUAAGAAGAGAUCUAAUGCAAAAAGUUGGAAAACUAGAGAAGAGUGGACAGGAGGAAAUAGAAAAAGAACAAAAAAAAGCAGAGGAGUUGUUGAGCAAAGUUAAUGAGUUGACAGACAGGCUGAAACUAGUUGAAUUCCAAAAUAAAGAUUUUGAGUUUCAUCUUGGAACUCUGAAGCAACAGCUCUUGGAAAAAGAUGCCACAAUAAGUGAUUUGACUGAAACUUUGUCUGCAAAAGCCUCUUACUUAGAGAAACUUCAGGACAAUAUUGCACAAUUAAAUGAUGUUCUUGCUGAAAAACAAAAUAUAUGUGAGCAGAAUCUAAAAUCCUUAGAGGAAAAGGACUGCAUGCUUGCUCAUAUGCAGUCAGUGCUUGAUGAAAAAGCAAGUGCAUAUGAGGAGGAACAUUCUCAGUUGGUCUUAGCUCUUGAAAAGAUGAAGUCUGAAGUUAAGAAGAAGGAAGAAUUGUUGAAAAAUUCUAGUUCAGAAGAGCCUGAUUUGUGUGCUGGGGACAGCAAGAAGUGUCUGGAUCCCAACAAUGACAUUAAUGUCAUCAGUCAAUUAAAAAAAGAAAAAGAGGACUUGGAGAGGGAGCUGUUGGCCAGGAAAGAAGAUAUGAAAAAAUUUCAGAAAGAAAGGGAAGAGCACACUAAACUUGCAGCAGAUUUUGAUGAACAAAAAAACCACCUCGAGAAUCUCAAACAAGAAUGUAAAGCAAUCUGGGAAGUUCUUCAAAAACAAUGUAAGGAACUCAACUUUAAUCAGUUAGAAGAAUACUCUCUAGGGAAACAGCUAGCUUCAUCUAUGGCAGCGCUCAUGCCAGGAGAAGCAACAGCUGACCUAAGGAAUUUGGAAUCAGACAAACCACGAAGCAAAGUCCAGGUUGCAUCCUUAAAAGAGUCAGAAAACAUUACUUCAGUGGCAAGUACAGACACUGAGUUAAAAGAACUGACAUGCAAUUAUGCAAAGCUUCAUGAAGAAACAGGAAUGUUAAAGACAGAGUUGAGAAAAAUAUCAGUUGAAUGUGGUGGUGAAAGAAAACAGACGGUCAACUUAAACUCUUUGAGUCUGCAGGAGCAGUACCAGGAGCAAUGUGAGGACAGCUUGUUGGAGGUCAUACGGCAGCUACAGAAAAAGGUAGAAGCAUAUGAGGCUGAAGCUACAGACAUGAAGACAGCACUUGAACAUGUGAAUAAUGAGAAAGAGGCACUUGUUAAAAAAAGUGAAGGUGAUUACAAGAUGAGCCAGGAGAAACUGCAGAGAUUGAGAAUUGAAGCUAAGAAGGAGGUAGCAGAAAAGAAUGAGGAAAUAGAAGCAUUGCAUUGUUUGCUUACAGGUUUCAAAGAUAAACUUGAUCUGGAAAAGGAAUUGGUAAACAAAGUUGUAAAGGAGGGCCAAGAAGCAGCCCACCAUUACGAAACAGCAUUGGAAGAAUUGAAGAGUGAAAGAGAGAAACUUGUCAGUUGCUUAGAAAAUUCUAAUUUGGAGCUAAUUAAUAUGAAAAAGGAGGCUGAGAUGACUAGACCCGUGGGGUCGUGCAAGGAGCUUAAGGAAGAAAAUGAUCCUGAAAAAGAAUUGGGAGAGUUUUGCAUGGGAAGUAAUUCUCUUCGAGGAAAGCUGCAAGGUAAAGGCACCUGUUUUCAACUUUCAGAGACUGAUGACUCCGGGAAAACUAAACUGAGAGAAGUAACAGAUUGUCAAAUCAAGAAACAAAUGCAGAUGACUGAAGAACCUGCAGAUGUAAGUGAUUCUAAACCACAAGAGCAAAGAACUGUAGCAGAAGAGAAGUCCAAAGAACGUCUUCAAAGGAAAUUGCAGGCGGCUUUAAUAUCACGUAAAGAAGCCCUGAGAGAAAAUAAAUGUCUAAAAGACCAGAUUGAUAAGCUAAUGUUGGAAAGAGAAGAACUGGUGAACAAGACAGGUAUGCUUGAACAGUUGUUAGAGCUUGGUAGAGAAAAACAGUGUUCAAGUACUGUUUCUCCAUUGUCUGAAGAGGAGAGCCUGGUUUCCGAAAAUGCUAGGCUGCUGACUGAAAAUGAAAACCUCACCGCAGCAUGUGAAAGUCUUAAAUCCACCAUGGAGACUAUAGUUCAGGAAAAAGAGGCCUUUUCUCUCCAACUAAAUACCUUAAAAGAUUCUCAGACAGUUGAACUAACAGGAUGGAAGGCUAAACAUAGUGAAUUGAAGCAGGAAUAUGAAUCGCUUCUUCAGGCUUAUGAGAAUAUCAGUAGUAAAAUAGCAGAUAUGAGGCAAGUUAUUGAUCUCACUAGAAAAGAGAAGCAAGAGGCUAUUCAGAAACUCAGGGAAGGACAAUCUGAGAAGGAGGCCAUUGAGAAGCAUUUACAAAAACUCAUUGAUGAAAAUGAGGUUCUUGAGAAUCAACUGAAACAACUUGGUGAAUCCAAGCAAAUGGAAGUUGAUGAAUUACAAAGUAAAUCAGAAAGGCAGAUUCGUGAGCAAGAGGCAAGGAUGCAAGAACACCAGAGUCGUCUUCAUGAACUCACGGAUCAGAAUCAUCAGCUAAUGGAAGAAAAUGAGCAGCUGAAACAAACUUCUGAAAAUUUAAAGCAAGCUUUAGAGAAAAUUCAGAAUGAAAAUGAUAUCCUUCAUAAUAACAUCACUGUAACUAAAGCAGCUUUGGGAGAGCUCCAAGUUCAAAUGGAAGUGUACCAAAAUGAUAUGCAAUCUAAAAUCAGUGAUGCAUUAGAUGAGAAUGAGUCAUUGUUAAAGGAUCUGGACAUGGAAUGUAAAAAUCUUACACAAGAAAUUGUUAGUCUAAAUGAAAAAGUUAAGAUUUUAGAGGAUGAUAAAUGUCUGUUACAGGAAGAAUUAGAAAAUGCACAAGAAAGUUCUUACAAAGUAAAGAAUGAGAGAGAAUUUCUUGAGACAGAAUUGCUUAAUCAUGUGAAAAAAGUCGAUCAUCUUACAGAUAGGAUGAAAUCUGCACAGGUACAGAAUAACUUCUUGUUACAGCAACUGGAAGAAUUAAAGGCAGAAAAAUGUAAUGUGAUUAGAGAAAAAGAACAACAGCAGUUACACCUUGUAAAAAUGUUUGAGGAGAAAGUGAAAAGUGCUCAGAGGGAUAAUAGUGGAAAUAAAAAUAAAACAAAAGAAUUGCAAGAACUCUUAAAGGAGAAACAGCAGGAGAUCAACCAUUUGCAAAAGGAUUCUAUAAAGUUCCAGGAGCUGAUCCUGGAUUUGGAAAGAUCUGUGAAACUGUCACAAUCAAAAAGUGAAAAAUUUGAAAAGGACUUAAGUAACAUGUCAGAAAAGCUUGCAAAAUCAAAUGAAGAAAUAUAUCAUCUCAAGGGGAAGAUUUCUUCACAGACAAACUUGUUGGAUCAGUCAAAGAAUGAGGUGGACAGGCUUACAGAUGAGAAUCUAAAUUGGAGAAAAGAACUUCAGAAGAAAGAGGAUGAACUACAAAUUCAAAAGAGAGAAUAUGAGAGAGAAUUGGAAUUUAAUCUUCAACAAUUAAAAUCCGUUCAAAGAAGAGCACUUUUGAACCUAGAGGAAAGACAUGGUGCCCUUCAGAGAGAAAAAGAUAGGGCAGUUAAUGAGAUUCAUGGUUUGCAAGAGGAAGUUAGCAUGAAGGACUCUCAAAACAAGAAACUGCAAACAGAUUUGAAUGCAGCUUUGGCACAAUUAGCUGCUUUUACAAAGUGUAUGUCCUCUCUUCAGGAUGACCGGGACAGGGUAAUCACUGAAAUGAAAACCUGGGAAAUGCAGUUCAAAGAGGCCAUCCAAAGUAAGGAGAAGCAGAUAGAAGACAGCAAUAAAAGAGUAAUGUCGUUACAACGUGAACUGAAAGACAAAGUCACUCAGAUUCAAGAACUGAAUAUCAAAUAUUCUAUGAUGGAGGAAAGAAAAGAUGAACUGUACUUGAGGCAAAAAUCUGUUGAUACACAAUGCUAUGAAGAGCUCUGCAGAAUCAAGGAAGAAAACACGGGUUUUUUUAACAGGCAGCGAGAACUGGAGAAUGUUCUUCAGUCAAAAGAAGCAGCUUUGCAAGCGCUCCUUGAAGAAAAUAAUUCUCUUCAGCGUCUCAUAGAGAAUAGUAAAAGUGCAGAAAGAGAGAUAAAAGCUCUGGAAAGUAAUUUUACAAGACAGGAACAAGAAUUGCAACAGGUUCUAGCUGAGAAGGAGAAAAUUAAUGCUGAAUUGCAAAAGCAGACUACCAUUUCUGAGCAAAUGAAGAUCAUGCUAAAUAAUAAAGACAAAGAAAUUUCCUUACUAAUUUCUUCAAAAGGUAAUGAAAUUUCUGACUAUCUGAUUCAGGUACAGACUCAACACAGAAAACAAAUCAAAGAAUAUGAACUUCAGUUAAGGUCUUUGCAGACAGAGAGACAACAGUCUGAGGAGUCAUGUCACAGGAUGGAAAAUGAAUUGAGAAAUCUCCAGAUGAAAGCAGACAAAGCAGGUCAGGAUAAGGCUGUAGUUGCCAGUGAAAUAGAUGCCUUUAAAAAAUCAAUGUCAUCUCUUCAGAAUGAUCGGGAUGAGCUUUUUUCUAAAUACAAAGAGCUGGAACUUCUUCACCAAGAUGUCUUAAAUCAGCGGGACAGUCUUAUAGUUGGCAAUGCAAGUGAGAUUAAUGCUCUGAAACAAGAACUAAGGAUACUUCUCAAUCAGAGAGAUGAUCUUCAUUCUGAAAAUGCAAUGUUGAGUGCACAGCUGGUAAAGUAUAGGGAAGAUCUUAACCAAGUUUUAACUCUGAAAGACCAUCAGCUGAAAGACUUACUUAAGCAGAAAUUGGAUUGUAUUAAAGGCCUUGAACAGGAAAAAUAUGAUCUUCAAAAACAGGUAAAAGAAAUGCAACUUUCCAGUCGACUGCAAAAGGAUACUGCUGUAUCCUUGGAACAUGAAAAUAAAAAAUUACUGUCUAAAGUAAAUUACUUAGAAUCUUUAAUUGCAUCAUUAAAUAAAGAGAAACUCGUUUCUGAAUCUGGAGAGAAACUCCUAACUAGCGAUAGUGUUCAGAAAAAAGAAUGUGUAUCCAAUGGACAGUAUGGAGAAAAUCUUCAGAAAAAGAUUCAAGAUUUCCAGAAGUCAAGAGGCAGAAAGACUAAGGAUGCAGAUGAGCAAUACAGUAAGACUCUUCUGACACCUGAACAUGGAGAUGAACCGGAUGCUUUUGCAGAGAAGAUGAUAUUAGAAGUUCAGUCUCAAAACAGUGAGCUGAGGUCCCAAAAUGAGGCUUUCGGGAAAGCAAUGACUGCUCUGCAAAAUGAUAGAGAUAGGAUAAUAGAGGAUUUAAAGGUUCUUCAGAGCAAAUACACAUCUGAACUCAAGACUGAAAGAAAGAAAGGAAAUGAACUUGAAGCUGAAUUGGAUGACUUUAAAUUGCAUCUUAUCAGUAUGCUCAAAGAAAAUUCUCUUCUGAAUCGUGUUAUUUUUGAUGAUGCAGAUAAGGUUACGCUUGAUCAGAUUGCUGAUGAAAUCGAAAACCUGUGUAGGACAUUAGUCAGUCGUGAGAUGGAGAUUAGCAGGCUCUCAUCUGUGUGUGGGAAUUAUGUUCACCAGAUUGAAGCAUUUUCCAAGUCUAUGGCCAGUCUUCAGGAUGACCGAGACAAAUUGCUGCAGGAACUCAGCAAUCAGAAGGCUAAAGAAGAAGCCAGCCAUGCUGCUAUUGAAAUAGCAAAACUGAAGACCCAGGCUGAUGAUUUGGAGAAGGCAUUACAUCAGACAAAAGCCUUACAAACAGAAACUGAGAGAGAAAUUGCAUCAUACCAGAAUGAGCUUGCUGGAUUAAG